AUGACGACACUUUACAAAGCCAUACAGAAUGAUGACAUUGACCAUAUGGUGACAUGCUUACAAGGUGGCUAUGAUGUCAAUAAAGUGUACCGUGACUGCCAUCGUUGGACGGCAUUGCACCUCGCGUCUGCAAGGAGAAACGUUGGAGCGGUUCGGCUACUCUUGGACAAUGGGGCAAAUGUGAAUGUCAAGGACUUGAACCGAAGAACGCCAUUGCACUGGGCAUGUGAGAUGGGAUGGUUGUGUAUUGUUCAGCUUCUGGUGGAUCGAGGUGCUGAUGUGAACGAAGUUAGCGGCGAUGGCAGUACACCCUUUUCGAUUGCACGGUACCGCAUGCAUUUGGAUGUUGCUCAAUUCUUGCUGGAGCGAGGCGUUGCGUUGGGCGGCAAAGAUAAUGACGAUGGUAGAUGGUUUUUACGUGUCGCUUGCGGACAAGGGAAUUUGGAGGUUUGUAGAAUUUUAUUGAAUCGAGGUGCCAAUCCCAACCGAUAUAACUGCAGUGAGACUACACCGCUUCAGCUGGCAUGCCAGAAUGAGCACUCGGAGGUUGCUGAUUUAUUGUUACGUCACGGUGCCGACGUGAAUGAAAAAAGUGGCAGUGGCAGAAUUCCCUUAAUCUAUGCAUGCGAAAAAAAUCAUUUUGAGAUUGUUCGCAUACUAUUGCAUCAUGGUGCCAAUACGGAAAUAGAGGGUAAACAUGGGUGCAAAGCGUUGCAUCGCGCUUGCUGUUUGCAACACCUGAGAGUCGCUCGGCUUUUGUUGGACAGGGGGGCGUAUGUGGAUGCAAAAGAUGAAGGCAAUCACACGACUUUACAUAUGGUGUGUUGUUUUGGAUCUUCGUUUGAGUUGUGCAUUGCCCGUUUAUUGUUGGACAGAGGUGCCAACGCCGAAGCAAGGAAUGAACACGAGGCUACGCCAUUACACGAGGCAUGUGCAAGUGGUAACUUAAGAGCUGUACAACUGUUAUUGGAUAGAGGUGCUGAUGUCGAAGCGACAACGGGAGGUGUUUCAUCCCUCGAAGUCGCGUGCUGCACCAGCAACCUUGAAGUCGCGUGGUUUUUGGUACAACGCUAUCCGUGGCUGAUUUUCCGAAAGCGGAAAACAUAA